CAGAGGCGCGCGGCCGUCUGCGUCCCGCGGCCCCGCGGCCCCGCGGCCAUGCCCAAGCGGGGCUGCCCGUUCACGGACGCCGCCCCGCUGCAGCUCAAGGUCCGCGUGGGCCAGAAGGAACUGAGCCGCGGCGUGUGCGCCGAGCGCUUCUCGCGCGAGGUCUUCGAGAAGACCAAGCAGCUCCUUUUCCGCGGGGCCCAGGCCUGCAGGGGCCAGACAUGGGGCGAGGGCUGUGCCAUCGUCCACCUGCCAGAGUCGCCCCAGCCCGGCCCCACGGGGCCCCCUCGGCCUACAAGAGGACAGAUGCUGAUUGGGCCUGACGGCAGGCUGAUGAGGCGCUGCGCCCAGGCCUCCGGCGCCGACUUGUCCGGAACAGCGCCCACCGCCUGUGCCUCGUGUGUGAGAGCCGUGGACGGGAAGGCCGUGUGCAGCCAGUGCGCGCGGGCCGUGUGCAGCCAGUGCACUCGCGCCUGCUGGGGGUGUGGCGCCGUGGCCUGCGCCCUGUGCGGCCUCACAGACUCCAGCGACGUCUGUGAGGAGACACUGUGCACCAGCUGUGCCAUGUUCGAUGUGUGAGGCGGCUGGGAAGGCAGCUCCACCAGAGGGCGCCCCGGCGCCUGCCGAAGAGGCCCACGCAGCUUUUCCAUGUGUUUUGUAGCUCUGGUGACAGAAGGGAGUAAACCUUCCUAUUUGCACGGUCGAGCCCCAUCUGUUGACUGGCGCAUGCAGUCAGCCCAAGAGUCAGGGCUAGGGCUGGAGCGGAGCGCUGCCGUGGGAAGGCCUUCAGCGCUUCCGCCUGUCCUCUGCUCUCCGUGCACGAGAGGCAGGGCUGCAGGCAAAGCAGGGCGCCGCUCCUUCCCAACCAGCCCCAGAAAACCCCCGGUAAGAUAAGAGCGAAAAUGUCUCGUGUCCAGUAAAAACAAACUGCAGCCGGGCACAGUGAUGCACGCCUGUCAUCCUGGCUACGGGGAGGUAGCCCUCCACAGGACCUGGUGUGAAACCCCUUACCAACCAAUGAAAAGCCAGGAUAGUGGCACAGGCCUGCAGCACAGCCCUGGUGGGAAGCAGAAAUGGAAGGGCUGCAGCCCGGGCCGUCCCAGACAUUGAUACAAAAAAUAAAACAAAGGAAGGACUGGA